ACGCGAGGUCAGGAAGAAGCCGCUUAUAAAUUACCGCUUCCUCCGCGCCGCCGCCAGCGCCGAGCUCCGGGCCCUGACCAUAGCCGCGCUCCGCCGCCCGUGCCGAGCCGCGAGGACCGCGGGCGCCGCCAGCCCCGAGCCCGAGCCCGAGCCCGAGCCCGAGCCGCGCCGAGAGCCAGUGCGGAGCGCGGAGCCCGCGGGCCGGACACCGAGCGGGCGGGCAGCGCCCGGCCAGCGGAACCGAGCGCAGCCGAGCGGGCGCAGCGCAGCGGCCACCCCAGAGUCAGAGGCCCUGGGGGACAACGCCCAUUUCACGGAUGGGCCAAUUGAGAGCCAUCUAGAGGACUGCCUUGAUUGGACAUUGGCAGAACUGGGCUUCAAAAAGCCUGCCUUCGAUCAGCAGUGAGUUUUGGCUCCAUGGAGCUUUGGUCAUGAUUUCCUCGGGAAUUGAAGUUGGACCAGGAUCUGGAGAAAAUGAGGAACAAAGAUCCAGAGCCCAAAGCACAACCUCUUCCCAGGAACCUCCAAAACAAACUGAGGCCAUGGCCACCAAGGAGAAGCUGCAGUGUCUCAAAGAUUUCCACAAGGACAUCCUGAAGCCAUCACCAGGGAAGAGCCCAGGCACGCGGCCUGAGGACGAGGCCGAGGGAAAGCCUCCACAGAGGGAGAAGUGGGCCAGCAAGAUCGACUUUGUGCUAUCUGUGGCUGGUGGCUUCGUGGGCUUGGGCAACGUCUGGCGUUUCCCAUACCUCUGCUACAAAAAUGGUGGAGGUGCCUUUCUCAUCCCAUAUUUCAUCUUCCUGUUUGGGAGUGGCCUGCCUGUGUUUUUUCUGGAGGUCAUCAUAGGCCAGUACACCUCAGAAGGGGGCAUCACCUGCUGGGAGAAGAUCUGCCCCUUGUUCUCUGGCAUUGGCUAUGCAUCCAUUGUCAUCGUGUCCCUCCUGAAUGUGUACUACAUCGUCAUCCUUGCCUGGGCUACAUACUACCUGUUCCAGUCCUUCCAGAAGGAGCUGCCCUGGGCCCACUGCAACCACAGCUGGAACACACCACAGUGCAUGGAGGACACUCUGCGCAAUAAUAAGAGUCUUUGGGUCACCCUCGGCACCAACUUCACCUCCCCUGUCACCGAGUUCUGGGAGCACAACGUACUGAGUUUGUCUCCCGGAAUCGACCACCCGGGCACUCUGAAAUGGGACCUUGCUCUCUGCCUUCUCUUAGUCUGGCUGGUGUGUUUCUUCUGCAUCUGGAAGGGUGUCAGGUCCACAGGGAAGGUUGUCUACUUCACAGCCACAUUCCCGUUUGCUAUGCUUCUGGUGCUGCUGAUCCGAGGGCUGACGCUGCCUGGCGCCGGUGCAGGCAUCAAGUUCUACCUGUAUCCUAACAUCACCCGCCUUGAGGACCCACAGGUGUGGAUUGAUGCUGGGACCCAGAUAUUCUUCUCCUAUGCCAUCUGCCUGGGGGCCAUGACCUCACUGGGGAGCUACAACAAGUACAAGUACAAUUCAUACAGGGACUGUAUGCUGCUGGGAUGCCUGAACAGUGGUACCAGUUUUGUGUCUGGCUUCGCAAUUUUUUCCAUCCUGGGCUUCAUGGCACAAGAGCAAGGGGUGGACAUUGCUGAUGUGGCUGAGUCAGGUCCUGGCUUGGCCUUCAUUGCCUACCCGAAAGCUGUGACAAUGAUGCCACUCCCUACUUUUUGGUCCAUCCUGUUUUUUAUUAUGCUUCUCUUGCUUGGACUGGAUAGCCAGUUUGUUGAAGUCGAGGGACAGAUCACGUCCUUGGUUGACCUCUACCCAUCCUUCCUAAGGAAGGGUUAUCGUCGGGAAACCUUCAUUGCCAUCGUGUGCAGCAUCAGCUACCUGCUGGGGCUGACGAUGGUGACGGAGGGUGGCAUGUAUGUGUUUCAACUCUUUGACUACUAUGCAGCUAGCGGUGUAUGCCUUUUGUGGGUUGCAUUCUUUGAAUGUUUUGUUAUUGCCUGGAUAUAUGGCGGAGAUAACUUCUAUGACGGUAUUGAGGACAUGAUUGGUUAUCGGCCUGGGCCCUGGAUGAAGUACAGCUGGGCUGUCAUCACUCCAGUUCUCUGUGUUGGAUGUUUCGUCUUCUCUCUCGCCAAGUAUGUCCCCCUGACCUAUAACAAAGUCUACGUGUACCCCACCUGGGCCAUUGGGCUGGGCUGGAGCCUGGCCCUCUCCUCCAUGAUAUGUAUCCCACUGGUCGUCGUUAUCCGCCUCUGCCAGGCAGAGGGACCGUUCCUUGUGAGAGUCAAGUACCUGCUGACCCCCAGGGAGCCCAACCGCUGGGCCGUGGAGCGGGAGGGGGCUGUGCCCUUCGACUCCCGCAAGUCCAUGAACGGUGCGCUCAUGAAACCGACGCACAUCGUCGUGGAGACCAUGAUGUUCAGGAUGAGAUGAGCCAUGCCCCACCCUCAGACUGUCUGCAUGGCCCAAGUGGACCCCAAGCUGUGGCAGUGAGGAGGAAACUGGCCUCAGAGGAGAGGCAGGCCCUCCCUACCCUGCCCACCUAGAUCUGCACGGCCUGGCACCCUCUCCCUGUCUGGCAGCUGGGAAUCAAGACCCCCUCUCUGCGCAGCAGGAAACCCAGGCAGGCCUCACAUGCUUCCUUGGAAGAUUGCUCCCCUGCAGCCCUGUGCAGCUCUCCUCUGUGCCUCUCUGGUCCCUGGCCCUCACCCCGCAUCCCCAGCUCACCGCAAAGACUGGUGAAGUGAAGGAGAGAGCAGGCCAUGCCCCCUCUGCCUCCCCAGGGCCUUCCUGUAUCCCACAGGCAUCACCACUGUGACCUGUGGCCCCACCAGCCUCUCCUGGCACUACUACUCUUGAUGCAAAAUGCUGUAGCAACCAGUCCAAGGGCAGAGGCACCUUCACCUUCUCCCCCAGACGCAGACACAAGCCCGGAAGGCACCCAAGGGAAAAAGCCCCUCCAGGUCCUGCCCCGCCCUUAGACCCUGUGCACAUGGAUACUGUAAAUACCUCUGUGUGCAAACCUCCAUCCAGUAGAAAGCCACAAGACAAGACAGACCAGAAAACCCCAAUAGCAACACGGGGACAGGGGCAUCCCCAAGUCUCUGCCUCCCCUCCCUGUCCAUGCCUGAGCCUAGAACACACCUUAUCCUCCUAGGAAGCUGGUUUUUAUUGUUCUCUUGGCGUCACUACAGGUGUGUUCUUGCAUGUUCCCUGAAGGAUGGAGCAUCGUAUUAUGUGUUUGGUUUCAAAUUGAGAUUGUAGCUCCAUUUUUUUUUUUUUAACCCAGUUAAUCUUACCAAUCCCCAACAACUGUGACUCUGUAUUUAGCACAAGAGAAAGCUGAGAACGAGGGUUUUGCCUCCUUCCAGAAAUAUGUCUGGCUCAUCAGGACAUUUUUUAAAACUUCAAAAUAUUUUUAAGAUAUUUUAAACUUUUUUAACAAAAAAAAAACCAAAAAAAAAAAAACAAAAACCUAUAAUUAACCAACAAGAGGAGGAACAUUUGUAUUUGAACAAGAUCCUUGGUGUGUAAUUCAGUCUCGCAGUAUACAAGCUUUGUGUAUAAAUGUUUUAUGAUAUGAACCCCUGUAUUUUGCAGGGUUUUUUCCUUUUUUGCUUUUUAGAUAAAUAUGUAUAUCGAUAUUUUAAAUUCAUCUUUGCUUUUUUUAGAGGAGUUUGUAAUCAUCUUAUAACAUGACAAUAAACAUUUCCUUUUUAAAAUCUAA